GCGGAAGAUCAGACGUCUGACCGGACUCGGGAACUCGAAUCGCAAAAUGCAUAACAUUGAAAACAUUCUGGGAGAGCUGCAGCGAUUCGCAUGGCAAGACUAUGUCGCUUUUGUGGCGAUGUUUCUGCUAUGCAUUGGCAUUGGCAUUUACUUUGGUUUCAUGAAGAAAUCCGUGUCCGAGGAUGAUUAUAUGCUAGGUGGCCGCAAAAUGCUGGUAGUGCCCAUUGCUUUCUCACUGGUGGCCAGCUUCAUCUCUGGCAUAACCUUACUUGGACUGCCCACCGAGGUGUACUCGUACGGUACGCAGUAUCUAUAUGUAUCUUUCGGAGUGGUUGGCAUGGGCAUUGUAAUGGGUGUCUUUUACUUGCCCGUUUUCCAUGACCUGAACAUUACGUCCACCUAUGAGUAUUUGGAGGUACGUUUCGAUCGUCGCCUUCGUUUAUUUGGUUCUAUUAUGUUUGCUAUUAUGAAUGUAGCAUAUCUGCCCAUUGUGAUCUAUGUGCCGGCACUUGCAUUUAACCAGGUAACUGGAAUAGGAGUGCACACCAUUACUCCGAUUGUCUGCAUCAUUUGUGUAUUCUACACCAGCAUGGGUGGGCUGAAGGCUGUUGUGUGGACGGAUGUGGUGCAGGCGGUGUCCAUGUUGGGCGCCCUUGCUCUUGUGGCCAUCAAAGGAAGCAUGGAUAUUGGCGGAGCUGGUGUUGUAGUAGAACGCGCUUGGCAUUCAAAUAGACUGGAGGCCCCAGAUCUCAGCAUUGAUCCCACAGUGCGUCAUACAUUCUGGUGCUUAUUUGUUGGUGGCAUUGUCUACUGGACGCAGACCAAUGCCGUGUCCCAGAACAUGAUUCAGCGCUAUCUCUCACUGCCUACCUUAGCAGAUGCUCGCAAGGCUCUGGUCAUCUUUUGUGUUGGAGUUUUGAUUCUGAUGGCCUUGUGUGGCUACAACGGAUUGCUCAUAUAUGCCACAUAUCAAAACUGUGAUCCACUUACCACCAAAUUGGCAAAGGCACGUGAUCAACUUUUGCCUCUUUUUGUGAUGGACACGCUGGGCGAGUUGCCUGGAAUGACGGGUCUAUUUAUUGCGGGUGUCUUUAGUGCAGCUUUGAGCUCGCUCUCCACGUGUCUGAACUCCAUGUCCGCUGUUGUCCUCGAGGACUUUGUGAAACCUUAUGUUAAGAAACCGUUAUCAAGUCGAGCCACCAACUGGAUCAUGCGCCUGGUGGUCGUGGGCAUUGGAGUGCUUUGUGUGGCCCUCGUCUAUGUGGUUGAACAUAUGGGAACUGUGCUGCAGCUCACCAUGAGCCUGGAGUCAAUAACUAAUGGACCUCUAUUUGGCAUCUUCACAAUUGGCAUACUUAUGCCCUGGAUCAAUGGAAAUAGCGCUAUUCUCGGCGGCUGCGUUGGAGUUUUUGUCAUGUCUUGGGUCAGCCUAAAUGCUCAGUGGGCCAUUGCAUCGGGCGCCAUUCGUUAUCAAACAAAACCAUUAAACGUUGAUCAGUGCAGCUACAGCUUCAAUGCAGCUGCUUUGGUUUCCAGCGCUGCCAAUGCCACCCAUAUCCAUGGCCCCACAGCAGAGGAUAUAUUUCCCUUGUAUAGAAUAUCAUAUAUGUGGUAUACAACUCUAGGCGCCUCGGUUACCAUAAUCGUUUCACUGCUCAGCACUCUAGUCUUUGGCACUAAUAAUCCUAAUAAAGUUGAUCCAGUAUUGCUUACGCCUUGUAUUCGAAAGUUCUUUAAGUGUAAUCCUGACAAGCAAAAGAUCGAAAUUCCUCUUCAACACAAGCUGCGCAGCGACGAGGUCGCUCUUUAGUAAAUUCAAUUUGGAUCGAAUCUAAUAUAAUACAUAUAAAGAAUAUAUACAUACAUUGUAUACAUACCUAAGUGAAAAUAUAUUGU